AUGCUUUCCUAUCAACCACGAUUAUCAAUCCACAAUAGUGAAAAAUCCGACUCAGUUGGUAGACGAUUAUUACGAAAUUUCUCAUCUAUAAAGUCCAGACCAUCUUCAACAAUGUUGGAUAAUUCAAUACAGUAUCAUAACCAAGACAACUCAGAUCAUGACAAUAGCACAUCAUUUCCUGCCCUUUCUCGAGAACACAGUAUAAGGAGCAUCAAAAGUACAAACGAGAGCAUUCGACAAUUCUUUUCUAUCAGACGAACAGACCACGACAAAUCAGCAUCUAUCAAAUCAACCAAAUCCCGAGCCAUCAAAGACUUCUUUAGUCUCACUCCAUCAAUCAGCAAAGAAUCCACCAGAUCUAAACAUACCCCACUUCAUUCCCAAUUAUUCACAAAAGCAGACGAUUUACAAUCCCCAAAUGAAGAGUCUCCUUCCAUAUUCUUUCCACCUACCUUGGAAGUAGUGUCUCGGAAAGGCUUGGACUGCCCAACUAAAACCACUAGCAACCGUACAUCUGUCCAGACCCUCGUGUCUCCAUUCUCGAGAAAGACACAUGUACGGAUGUCUGAUGAAGACGCGAGCCACUACAAGGUCUUGCUUUUCGAUAGUUCUGAUGUCGACCAAGCUGAUCUCAACUCAGCUUCAAACGACCAAGACACCCCUUCCAGACGCCAUCCUUCCACCCUCUUGGCACCUCCUAUCUUAUUAACUGACCACGACCACGACAACGACCACGACAACGACCACGACAACGACCACGAUAAUAACCGUGACCGUGACCGUGAUCUUGAACACAGUACUGAACAUGAUACUGUUGAUUCACAACCAACCCACGACUGGAUUCGCUAUGGUCCUCCAGAUAAAAAUCUAUUGUCUAUCAAACCAAAUCCCAAGGAAUCCUUAUCCUUAUCCUUAUCUUUAUCUUCAUCGUCAUCGUCAUCAACAUCGUCAUCAUUACUAUCCUUGUCUUCGUCUUCGAGUACUGGAUACACCAAGAGAUCUUCACUUGGUCCGUUUCCUAUUCGAAUGUCACGUAGCAGCAGUAACCUGAACAUGCAUGCAAUGUAUAUCGACAACAACAGGAAUAAGAAUGAUAAUGAUAAUGAUAAUGAUAAUGAUAAUGAUAAUAAUACUUCUACUGGUGGUACUCUUGAAGAACCACGCAGCCCCUCUCCCUUACUUUCCAUUCACACCGAACACGCCGAACCUACCUUUGUCCGUACCACUGGCCACAGAUGUGAUUAUUAUCCACAUGGGACCAUGCUUCAACCACCCAGCACAGGCAUAAAGCAUUAUCGUUCAGAAAGUGAUCUAGGUCGACUCAGGAGUCGUCUGUUUGACCCUUGUCCCAAUCCAUCCGAACCUCUCAAACACCCAAAACCAGAUCGAGGCUUGUCUUCAAUAUUAAAACCACUCUGGGCACACACAACCAAUGAAGCAAUCAACCAGGAGUCUGAUAUUUUACAAUCCUCUCGACCUGAUAAAGACUAUCUAUUGACAAAACCAACCGAUCAAAGGUGA